AUGGGCAAUUUCAAAUACGCAGCAGCGGCCCUUGUCGGCUUCCUGGCAUCCGCCAACGCCGCUUCCAACGAUGAAUGGGCUAUGCGAUCGAUCUACCAGGUCAUCACCGACCGCUUCGCCAGGUCGGGUGAUUCCGACGCUGCUUGCAACAUCACAAAAUACUGCGGUGGUAGCUGGGCUGGCCUGGUGGACAAGCUUGACUACAUCCAGGGUAUGGGCUUUACGGCCGUUCAGAUCUCCCCGGUCAAUAAGAAUCUCGAGCAGGAUACCAUCGAUGGCGAGGCCUUCCACGGCUACUGGCCCCAGGAUCUGUACGCCCUGAAUGAGCAUUUUGGGUCGGCGGAUGAUCUCAAGAGCCUUGUUUCUGCGCUGCACAAGCGCGAUAUGUAUCUGCUGGUGGACGUUGUCGCGAACGAAAUGGCAUACGAUAUUGGCGACGCGAACAUGACCUCCUCAACCAAGAUCGACUACUCCGUUUUCACCCCAUUCAACACCUCCGCAGAUUACGACCCCUUCUGCACCAUCUCCGACUGGAACAACGCAACCCAGUACACCACCUGCUGGCUUGGCACCGAGGGUGUCGCGACCCCGCGCAUCAAGACCACUGAUUCCGGUAUCAAGAGCACUCUGGACUCCUGGAUCAACAACCUUGUCUCGACUUACUCUAUCGAUGGCAUCCGGCUGGAUGGUGCCAAACAGAUCGAAUUUGGCUUUUUCAAGGACUUCAUCCAGAGCGCCGGGGUGUACACUAUGGCGGAGGUGGACGACAACGACGCGAAUCUCACCUGCAGUUAUCAAAGCUACACCGGCGGACUGGAGAACUAUCCUCUGUACUACACCAUCCUAGAGGCGUUUACGGCAGGAAAUAUGCCCAGCCUAGUCUCAAUGGUGCAGACAAUGCGCACUGCUUGUUCCUCCCCUCAGUACCUGUCGGUUUUCAUUGAAAACCAGGACAACGAGCGGUUCGCCAGCAUCGACCCUGAUAUGGCUCUCGCCAAGAAUGCUCUUGCCUUCACCAUCCUCUCGGACGGCAUCCCCAAGAUGUACUACGGCCAAGAGCAGCACUUGACUGGUGCCUACUCACCAUACAACCGGCAGGAGAUCUGGAGCACCAACUACAACACCUCUACACCGCUGUACCAGCUGACAGCGACGCUGAACAAGCUGCGCAACUACGCCAUCACCCUCGACGAUAACUACGUGACCAACGCCAGCACGCUGCUCUACACAGACAACUCGACGUACGUGACUCGCAAGGGCCCCGACGGCGUGCAGAUCAUCUCCGUGCUCUCCAACCAGGGCACCGCAGGAGGUGCCUACAAGCUCAUCGUCGACGGCGUCGCAGACGCCGGCACCAGCCUCACCGAGGUGACGGGUUGCACGACCGUCACGGCGGGCACCAACGGCAGCAUCACCGUCGAUAUGGACAAGGGCCAGCCGCGUGUCUUCUUUCCGACCUUUCAGAUGAAGGGCUCCGGACUGUGCGGCUACUCGAGCGGGAAGAGUAGCGCCACGUCGACUGGCAGCGGGGGCGCCUCGUCGACCCCCUCGACGACGGGGUCGGCGGCCACGGCCUCAAGCACGAACAUGGCGCGGGGGAUGCAGGUGCCCAGCUGGAUGGGCUUGGUCGCUCUCGGGGUAGCGGUAUUGAUGUAA